AUGCAUGGCAACGAUGAGCCGCCACCAUCUGGCGACCCUUCGGAUAUACGAAGGAGGGCUUGGUCAUUGGAAGGAUACCGGUAUGGUAAUCCCGGUCUUGCCAUGUCAUUGCUGCGAAAUAGCUCGGAAAUAGACGUCCCGGAAACUGUCUUCAAUGAGACGCCUGCUGCGGAAAACUCUGUAUUUCCCUCGUCAUCUGGGCCCAAUGAUGCGCUAUUCGUUCCUGGAGGAUUACUCUCAAGAGGUGUAACAUCGCAUACUGAACAUUCUGGAGCUUCAUCAUCUGUUGGCAAUUUUCGGGCACACCAAGAUGAAAUGGCAUGGGAAGCUGCAGCACGUACGAAUGAUAGUCCGUCCAUGCAACAUCUCGAGUCAAGGCUGUUACUUCAAAGCCAAAUGCUUCGCCAACAAAGGCUCGCAAGCUUGACUCAGCAAUCAAUGCAAGGGUCACUUGAUCUUCGACAAAUAAGAUUUCCAAAUAAUCUGCUCCUCAAUAUGCAAAAUCAGCUACAGAUGGAUCAACAACAUUUUGAUCAACAAAGUCUUGAACAACAACAAUUACAAAAUUAUCAGCCGAACCAAGCAUUGAUCAGUAACUUUCUUCCUGGUGGUUUCUUAUCGCAACGGCCCGCUUCUCUCGCAAUGUCCCAUUUGCGAAGCUACAUGAACCCCUCUCUGCUGACACAGGAUCCACUAGCUUCUAGCCCUCCUAAUCUCGCUGCAUCACACCCGAUCAUCCCUCGAAGUAUACAAUACACGACUGCUGCAAGUCAAGGAACCGACCUUUAUGCGGGUGGGAGGGAUUCCACGUUUCCAAUGAAACUUCAUCGGAUUCUAGCCGAUCCUCGCUUUCGGGAUUGUAUUUGCUGGUUGCCAAAUGGAAAGUCGUGGAGAGUUUUAAACCAACAUCUUUUUGCGGAUGUUGCUCUUCCUGAAUACUUCAAACACCAAAAGUACGCCUCUUUCAUGCGACAAGUAAACGGAUGGGGGUUCAAAAGAGCACGCCAAGGACCGGAGAUCAACUCUUAUUCCCAUGAGCUAUUUCUACGUGACGACCCAGAACUCUGUUCAACUAUGCGGAGGCUGAAGCAGAGCAGUUUUAAGGGAACGAUAACGCAAGCUGAUGAUACAUGA